UCCAAGGCGAAUAAGGGAAAGGUAGGCUUGAGCGUAGACAAUGAAAAAUACCCCGGGGUACCUGCCGAUAGUCCGUUAGGUAUAAUGUUAAAUAAUUGGGAUCAGGGUAGGAGAAAAGGAAAAUCUAGAAAGAAGAUGGUGAGAUACUGUCAAAUGUGGUCCCAAAAACGUAUUCAGGGAGACUCAGUGUGGUGGCCUAAAUUCGGCACUGAUGAAGACUGGGUCCGGCAAGCUCUAAUUUUAUAUGUCAAUUCGAAACCUAAUGUUACUCGGGAGGAAAGUGAUUACGCCCUUUGUUGGCUAACAGUCACACUAUCUUGCAAAAUGAAGGUAGCCAAUGAAGACUCGAAAGGGCAGAAAGAUCACUUACCGCCGCCCUACGUGACCCCGUCUGCCCCGCAAAAUAGUCCUUCGGGUGGCGACGAUUCAGGGGAAGGGGAAGAAAGCGGGGAGGAACCACCAGGUGCCUCAGGAGUACAGACUAGAUCUCAAGCUGAAAAGAGUCACAGACGAAACUCUGUCCUGAUUGCAAGAAUGAAUUCACUCCAGGAAGUGCCCAUGGGAGGCGCGGAAGGAGGGACGGGAUAUGUGAACGUCCCCUUAACGAGUACUGAAGUACGGGAUUACAAGAGGGAGAUGAAGGGCCUACUGGAGAACCCCAUGGGCCUGGCUGAACAAUUAGAUCAGUUCCUGGGGCCAAAUACUUACACGUGGGAUGAGAUGUAUUCCAUCAUGGGAACAUUGUUCUCUAGCCAGGAGCGACAGAUGAUACGACAAGCUGCGCUGUUGGUCUGGGAGAGAGAGGGAGGAACAGGAGGGGAGCAGAAAUUUCCCCUCACCGACCCCGGGUGGGAUAAGCAAACGGAAGAAGUUAGAGAAAAUGGAUGAUUGGAAUAGUAGACCUCUAAGUGAACUACUACGGGAGGCGCAAAAGGUGUUUGUGAGAAGGGACGAUGAGAAGCAAAAGAAGGCGACAAAGAUAAUGAUGCAGACGGUGCAACAAGUGACAGCUGGAAGGAGGGAAAAGGGGGAGCCGUGGCAGGAACCGGAAAGGGGAGAGUCGUGGCAAGAGCAGAGGAAAAGAGGACCGGGGCCGGAACAAAGGAAGGGUGGAGGAACUCGAGGCCGCGACAGGGAAAC